GCCUAUUACUACUAUUACUACUACACCUGUGUUUACGAGUCGCCGCCGCCACGACGAAGAAGGAAGAUUCCCAAAUCAUGACUUCGAUCAUGAGGCAAACGGCGCGAAAGUAUUUAUUGUGGUGCGCCAAUGAACACAUUGAAUUCAGAAUUCCAGAACUUGUGUCUAUAGCAUCGAUGUUUAAAAUUCCUGUCAAGUGGAUAGACAAACCAAAAGAAGAUCCAUAUGUGAUAGUAGAGAUGAAGAAUGAAAAUGAUGCAAGAAAGCUUAUGUCUCGUACUAUGCUUGUCAGAUCAUGUUAUGAAUUAUGGGGCCAAGGCUGUUCAGAAGAAGAACUUCACUCAAAUGUAAAACUUAUGCCUCAUGAACUGUUGAAGCCGCAUGUCAGUCAUGACAAGACAUUUAAAGUGCGAGUAGAAACGUUUAAUCGAUCUUUAAAGAAUUCAGAAAAGCUUCAAAGAAUUGAGAAACAAGGAACAGGAGCCAAUACCUGUUAUCAUCAUUAUAUUCUACAUUCUUCCAAGGAAUUCUCUUGUGAGUCCAUGUCCUUGAGUUAUCUACCUUUUGAGGGUAAGGUGGACUUGACCAACCCAGACACAUCCCUUCAUAUGAUUGAGUAUUAUGGAUUGCAUCCAAAUGAGACCCCAGAAACUCCAUUUAAGAUUUUUCUUGGGCGAUGGAUUGUUGAUGGUCAAAGGGAUCUAAUUGAUAAAUAUUCGUUGAAGCGUCGCACAUACAUAGGAAGUACCUCCAUGGAUGCACAGCUGUCUUUUAUUAUGGCUAAUUUAGCUGAAGUAGAGCCUCGCCAAAUUGUGGUAGAUCCAUUUGUUGGUACAGGAUCAGUACUAGUAGCUGCAGCACAUUUCGGAGCACAUGUUUGGGGUUGUGAUAUUGAUUACUUGACACUUCAUGCUAGAACGAAACCAACCCGACACAGUCAGAAAAAACGCGCAGAAGGCGAGAGUAUUUUGGGUAAUCUCAAGCAGUAUGGUCUGGAGUCUCAGUUUUUAGAUGUGGCAGUGAUGGACAACUCAAAUCCUUUUUGGAAGAGGAUCCCUUUUGUUGAUGCAAUCAUAACUGAUCCCCCGUAUGGAAUUCGUGAAUCAACUGAACGAGUAGGAAGUCACAAAUGCCCAAAGCCUAAUGGAGAAGGAACAAAGGACUGCCCAUCAGGCUCUGUACAUUUCCCCUCAAAGGUCAAUUACAGUUUGUCAGAGGUCUUUAAGGAUUUAAUUGACUUUGCAGCAUCGUGCUUAGUAACUGGUGGGAGGCUUGUAUUUUGGCUACCAGUAUCCAGAGAAGACUACAUGGAUAAUUUGGUUCCCUCCCAUCCUUGCCUUGAAUUAGUAUCAAAUUGUGAACAGAUUCUGAAUGUUCAUUCAUCGAGACGGCUCAUUACUCUGAAGAAAACGAGGGAACCUCAGUUAGGGGAGGAGGCUACAGCUCAUGUUGCAGAUAUGUCUUCCAACUUUCGUGAGAAGUUCUUCCAAGCUUCUCAGAUGACCAAAGAAGAGAAGGCAUUACUAAAAAGUAAGUUUCCAAGAGAUAAACGAGGGCAAGGGUUAGGUUAUCGACUUCAGAACACUACUGGGAAAAGUAAAGAACUGAACUUUGUAUCCACAAGUGAAAACACUAAUAAAAGGAAAAUAUCUGACUGAGUUAGUCAAUAGAAGAUUAGUUCUGAAAAAGGUUACAAACGUUUGCCUUUUCUUGUUUGUGAUAUCUGUGGAAAAUCUUGAAAACUAAUAUCUUUUGAAAUGUGUCAGUAAUUGAAAUGAAGUUAUAUAUGUUGAAUUUUUUUUACUUUUUUAAUCAGGAUAUACGUAUAUAUGAAUAACUGCCUACACAGACUUAUCAGUGUAAAAAUAAAUCUGCAAGAAAGUGGUAUAUUUUCAGUUGUAAAUAUGUUUUUAAGAGGCUCAUUUAUACAAUGAAAUUUAAGUACAAUAAACCUUUACUGUCCAAA